AUGGCUUUAUCCUUCAGAAGGGCUGCCAUCACAUUCUUCUACGGUUGCGAAGCUUUGUCAAGGGUGCCUGUUGCCCCUAUCCAGCAUUUCUGGAUGAUUUUGCUUAGCAUCGUGUAUUCAGGCAGGAGGAGUGCAGGUAACGAAGAUCUUUUGUUCCACGAGGAUAUCGAAAGAAUUGCUCGAGAGAACAACGCUGCCAGACGCAGGGCAGAACAAGAGGCACAAGCCAGAGAGAGACAGUUAGAAGCAGAGAGACAGAGAGCAGCGGAGAGAGAGAUGGCGGAAAAUCCAGAAGGGCAGAAUGAUAACGCCAACAAAACUCUUCGAGACAUGAUGUUUCCAAGCAACCUGAACCUCCGGCCCUCAGCCAUAGUACUGCCGGAGAUCACUGGAAAUUGGGAGCUGAAGCAUACUCUUAUCCAGAUCCUACCCAAAUACAGUGAUAUGCCCGGAGAGGACCCUCGAAGGCAUUUACAAGAUUUUGAGAUGGCAUGUGGAACGGUGCGCACCGCUAGCCAAGCACUUGGCGAAUACAUCCGACUCCUCACUUCUCCGUUCUCUCUGUUAGAAGGAGCGAGGGAGUGGUUGUAUGAUUUACCCGAAGGAAGUAUCCGAACAUGGCAGGAGCUACAAAGCAAGUUUUUGGAGCGAUACUUUCCAGCUGCCCGGAUCCAGAAUCUGAGGACUCGAAUAAGCAAUAUAAAGAUGGGAUCAGCAGAAGUUUUAUAUGAGUACUGGGGAAGGUUCAAGCAGAUGCUGGCCAAAUGCCCACAACACCAAAUACCGGAUCAUGAUCUUAUUAGGUAUUUCGUGGGAGGACUCCGGAGGCAAGAUAGGCAAUGGUUACACGCUGCAUGUGGAGGAUCGAUCUUAAACAAAUCCGCAGCGGAGGCUUUCAAACUCAUAGCUGACAUGGCAGAGGAAUCGAGAGAUGAGGAAGGAACUAUAGUCAGGAACCCUCUGACGCCAGCCACCUCUGCCCAAGACGAAAAGUUGGAUAAGCUAUGCAACAUGUUCGAGAAGUUUAUGACGAACCAAGGAGCACCCAAUCAGGGAAAUCCCAACAUUCGGAAGCCUCUAGGAGGAAACAAUGGAGGGCAGAACCAGAAACCUUUUGAGCCCUACAGACAGCAGUGUAACAAUCAAGGAUGGAGGCAGCAUGAGAACCUUAGGUACGGCAACAACCACUAUUUGGGGCCAAACCAAGGGCAAACGAGUAACCUACCACAAUACUCGCAACAACCUCAACAGGCAAGAGGAUCCUCCUUAUCAGAGCUAGUGCAUCAAAUGGCUCAGCAACAAGUGAAGUUCCAGAGUGAGACCGAAAAAUUCAUAAUGGAGACAAGAGGAGGAAUGCAGAAUGUGAACUCCCAACUAUCACAUCUUGCCCAAGCAGUUGCCAGACUUGAAAGCAAACAAGGGACACUCCCGUCCCAAGUGGAGGUGAAGAAGGUGAAUGCCAUGACGCUCAGAGGAGGAAAGGAACUACCCGAAGUGGUGACAGAGAAAAAAUGA